AUGUCAACGUCUGCACCGGCCACUUCUGCGCCGCGCAAGCCUAUGCCUUCCGCAUUGAAGUUCGAUCUGCAUACGAAAUGCUCAACCACGAAAGCUCGUGCCAGUACUCUGCAUCUUCCUCAUGGCUCGGUCCCUCUUCCGAUCUUUAUGCCGGUUGCGACGCAGGCGUCCCUCAAGGGCUUGACGUAUGACCAACUCAAACAGACCGGAUGCAUGCUUUGCUUGAAUAACACCUACCAUUUGGGGUUGAAACCUGGGCAGGCGGUCUUGGACGAGGUGGGCGGUGCGCAUAAAUUGCAAGGGUGGGAUCGAAAUAUUCUUACCGAUAGUGGCGGUUUCCAAAUGGUUUCCUUGCUCAAACUUGCUACUGUCACGGAGGAUGGUGUUCGAUUCCUUAGUCCCCACGAUGGCACACCUAUGCUGCUCACCCCGGAACACUCCAUCUCCCUGCAGAACUCGAUAGGCUCAGAUAUUAUCAUGCAGCUCGAUGAUGUUAUCGCGACCACAUCGCCGGACCACGCGAGGAUUGAGGAGGCCAUGGAACGGUCGGUGCGAUGGUUGGAUCGGUGCAUCGAUGCGCACAAGUACCCCGAGAGACAAAAUCUGUUCUGUAUCAUCCAAGGAGGAUUAGAUUUAGAAUUACGGAGGAAGUGCUGCGCCGAGAUGGUAGCGCGAGAUACACCGGGCAUUGCCAUUGGAGGACUCUCCGGAGGAGAAGCCAAGGAGGAGUUCUGCAAAGUGGUCGAUACUUGUACUGGGCUUCUUCCAGAUCAGAAACCGAGAUAUGUGAUGGGUGUCGGCUACCCCGAGGAUUUGAUUGUAGGAGUUGCACUCGGUGCGGACAUGUUUGAUUGCGUUUGGCCCACGAGAACAGCUCGAUUUGGAAACGCGGUGGUCCCGUCUGGCACUCUCAACCUUCGCAACCACACUUUUGCCCAGGACUUCAGGCCAGUGCAAGAAGGCUGCACUUGCACCAUCUGUCGCCCCAAAGAUCAGGGUGGCCUAGGAGUUACACGGGCUUACUUACAUCAUAUAGCGGCCAAGGAAACGGUUGGCGCUCACCUCCUUACAAUUCAUAAUGUUCAUUAUCUACUUUCCCUGAUGGGGGCUGCGCGACAGGCUAUCCUGGAGGACCGAUUCCCGGCAUUCUUACGGGAGUUCUUCAGCAAGCUUUAUGGAGAAAAGUCUAAGUAUCCGGAAUGGGUGGUGGGGGCGUUACGGGGUGUUGGCGUUGAUUUGAUGGAAGACUAG